AUGCCCGGCUUGCUCCUCGUGUACUCCGAACCCGGGGCCGCGGUCCCCGACGCGGAGUUCAACGACUGGUACGACAACGAGCACGUCCCGCUCCGCCUCCCGAUCCCCGGCAUCCACUCUUGGUCGCGCUGGGCCGCCGCGGACGGCGCGCGCCCCACCUACGCCGCGCUCUACGACCUCGCGUCGCCCGCGGUCAUCUCCGAGCCGCCCUACGCGGACCUCGCGGGCACGCGCUCCGCGCGCGAGACGGACAUCUUCGCGCGCGUCGCGCUCCUCGACCGCCGCACGUACACGCUCCGCGAGCCCGUGUUCCCGCCGAAGGCCGGGGCCGCGUACGACGCGCGCGCCCCGGGGCCGUAUGCGGUCGUGGUGGAGGUCGAGGUGAAGCCGGAGACGGAGGACGAGUUCAACAAGUGGUACGAGGAGGAGCACAUCCCGCUGCUGGCGAAGGUGCCCGGGUGGGUGCGCAGCCGGCGGUUCGUGCUGGAGGACGCGGCGGCGGCGGGGCCGGAGGCGACGGCGGGGACGCCGCCGAAGCAUCUGACGAUACACGAGUGGGAGGGGCUGGAGGCGAUGGAGACCAAGGAGUUCAAGGAGGCGGUGUCGACGCCGUGGAUGCAGAAGAUCCAGGAGACGGCGAUCGUCGACGCGAGGAGGAGGGUGCUCAAGUUCGUGCGGAGCUGGGAUCGUCAGUGAGGCAUGUACCGAAGAUCGCAGGUACCUGUAUUACAAUGUACUAUCAGUCCCGGCGGGGAAAUACGCUCAGCCUCGAUUAUCUCUC